AUGUUGGUGGCAUAUUUGCAACAUGUUAAUCCUUCAAUCGAAACUGGGGUUUUACUAAUAACAAAUGAUGAAGGUUCAUCCAAGAAAUCAAAGAAGUCGAAGAAGGUUUCUGAAGAGGUAGUUAUUCAAGAAAAUCCUAAAAAACAAUCUAAAAUCAAGUCUCCUAAGAAGAUUGCAGUUGAAACUGAGACGCCUAAGGAGAAAGUUGUUGCUGAAUCUUCGAAGGAAUUCAUCCCUUCGAAAUCAGGUGUGUUUAAAAGAUUACGGAAUUUCACUUAUCAGAAACGAACUUCAUCAACAAAUCAGUCUCCUACUGUUCGUAAACCUCAGCUAAACAAAAAAGGAGUGAAAGUUCGUGAGAUUUCGGCACCGGUUUCCCCAUCCUCCAAGAAACGAAGAGCAGAGGAUGUGGCGAAGCAUAUUAACAAGAAGAUGAAGAAACGAAAUUUGGUAGUUCAAGAUGAGUCAUAA